ACUCCAGUCCAAAUGGAGGCGAUAUUGCUCAAUAUAAGAUAGUAGCAAACAGCCAGACCAGCAAGACGACGAAGAAGAGGAAUUCGACGACGAAGAAGAAGAAGAAAAAAGGCGGAAAAUAGGAAAAGUCAAAAGCAGUUUGGGCAAAGUGUACAUCGAUGUAGUAAGCAUGUCUGACACUGCAAAAGAGGAUGAGAUACAGCACCUCCGCUGCCAACUGAGGCAAAAGGAGGAGCAGGUCCAGCAGGCUGCCCAUGCUGGCUUGGAUCUGCUCAAUCAGCUUGCGGAAACGCAGACCAGGCUAGAAGAACAGAGAAUAGACAUGACAAGUGCGCUGGAGGGUCUUGAGCAAGAGAAGUAUAGCCUGCAGAAGGAAGUGGAGUUGAAGACCAAGCUCCUAGAUUCAUUGCAGUCAGAAUUUGACUAUUCGAAGAAGCAGCAGCGACAGAACAUGGACGAGGAGAAGGAGCAACUGGAGAGGAGCCAUAAGACGACACUAAAUGACCUCAACAACAAGAUGCUGGGAUUACAGUCUUCUUUGGAUGAUUCACGGCUGAUUGAGAAACAGCUGAAAGAAAAACUUGAUCUUCAGACCAAGCUUCUGCAUGACAAAAUGGAGGAGCUUCGUGUCCUAAAUGAGCAACCUCAGAAUUCGCCAACCUCAGAGCUACUGGUGUUGCAGAACAAGGUCCUCGAACUGGAGAACAUGAAGUUGGAGUUGGACCUGGCUCUGACAGAAUCACUGCACAGAGAGCAGAAGCUACAGUUGACCAAUAGCAGCUUACAGCACAAUCUCCAACAAAUCACAGAGGAGAGCAGCAAAGAAGCUGCCACGUGGUGUAAGGCAUUAGAGAAAUCUCGGGAGGCAAACCGAGAACUUCAACUCCACUUGGACACCUUUCUACAACAGGCCCAGGACCCAAACAGCAAAGGCAAUUCUCUCUUUGCUGAGCUGGAGGAUAAACGUGCCGAAAUGGAGAGAAAACUCAACAGCAUGAACGUCCGGUAUGAGUCUCUUCAAACACAACAUGCUUUUAACAAGCAGCAGUUGCAGCGCAUGAAGAUCCAGAUCGCCACUCUGAUGCAGCUCCAAGGUACCAGGGCUGACCCCUCUCAGGUUGAGAGGCUGCAGUCAAUGCUGUCUGAGAAGAAUGAAGAGAUACAUCAUUUGAUGAGCAAACUUCAGAAACUGGAGAAGCUGCAGAUAUUGCUGAAGACCCAGGAGAAUAUUCCCUCUGCAGUUAGCGAGGGCCAGGAUGAAACAUAUUAUACUGACCUCCUCAAAAUGAAGCUUAACAAAACAAUUAAGGAUUUCGAACGUGUAGAAGAUGAACUUUCCCUGCAAAGGAUGAAGGCUUUGUCAGAAAGCCAGAAAGCUCUGGAACUGGAAAGAAAACUAUUCACCUCUGAACGUCUUGUUAAAAAGACCCAGAGUGAUAAGAUCAGACUACAGCUUCAAGUGGAGGAGCUACAACACAAAUAUGAACCCAAAGGGACACACACUUGCUUAUCCCAGCGUGCAAUGAAAGAGAAACUCCCUACAAAUACCGUACCACCCUCUGAGGAAAGUGCACUUGAUAAGGACAAGCAGACUGUUUCAAAGAAAACAUCCAUCACACCCGCUAUGACUCCUGAGACAGACACAAGUCCCACUGCUGAGGAGACAUGCUUGCCAGAAGAUGUCCAUAUGGAGCCUAAAGCAAAGUGUGCAAAGAUCUGCAAGGAUGAACCUCUUUUCAUCCCCAAUCCCAGCGUCAACGUGACCGACUGCACCGUGGCGAAGACGGAGAAUUACCAAGAGCAACACACACAUGAGAGCAAAAAGAAAGUUCAAACAGUGGAGAUGAUCCACGUGGGUUCUAAAAGCAGUAUGGAAAGUCAGUGCUCUCAGCAGUAGGGCCCUUCUACAGUUAAAUAUAUAUUAUCUGUCUGACAAUGACAAAUAUUUCAAUACACUUUAUAACAAAUAUACAACAGUUUUAUUAAUUGUUUUAAGUUUUUACCCAACUUGAAUAUUCUGUAUGAUCUGUUUUUGGGGUAUAGAACACCAAUAAUACUAGAGUAUUUAUUAAGUGGAAAAUAUAACCAGGAGCAAAUGUAACUGGCAUAAGAUGUUUUUUUUGUGGGUGGGGGCAAAGCCAAUCAACCUCCAGUAUUUUCUGGAAAAAAAUGACAAGGCCAGGAAGCCAAAAUAACAAAAAAUAUGUUUUUGCAUUUCAAUGAAAGAAAUAAAAUGAAAUAAAAUACAAUGGU